AUUACCUCCGUUUUCCGCAUUGCUGCUGCUGCACUCGCCGCUGCGAACAUGGCGUCGGCCCUCUUCGGUCGCCUGGCCCGGCUGUCGGCUCUCACACGGGGCCGCUCCUCAGCGCUCAGCCCCGGGGGGAGAACCGUGACGGUGAGCCGGUCCGCCGUGUCCACGUCCUCCGGGGGCGUCCUGCCCAAACCCAAGAAGACCCCCUUCGGCCUUUUCCGGAUUGCUCUCGUAGUGGUGCCCUUCUUGUAUGUGGGGACUCAGAUCAGCAAGAACUUUGCUGCGCUGCUGGAGGAGCACGACAUCUUUGUCCCCGAGGACGACGACGAUGAUGACUGAGGGGUCUGUAGGCUUCCUGGUUAUCAGAUUACCCCGCUGUGUCUCUACUGCUGCCAAGUGUCUGUGGGCAGAUGAAUGCCUUGGUGAAGUUCCUUCUGCUGUGUUUUCAAGUCGCCUCUGUAGCACUGGAUUCAGGGUUUUAGCCGGUACCGACAAAGACGGGGCGGCCGCAACCUGCGUGUGUUGUACUGUGUUUGCAUGCACUGCUUAAGUCUUAAUAAAGGGAAUGACACGUGUAAAAUAUGGAGCAUAAUCAGUGGAAUUUGGUGUGAGUUAGGGGCAAAGUCAGUAAAGAGUGUGUUUGGUGGUAAUCUAUACAUUGAUGCACUGUAUGUAAAAAAAUAAAAUAAAACUAAGAUGUAAUA